ACCAGCGCCGGCGGCCCGGCCCCCGCCCCAGCUUUAAAGCCCGCCAAGUUUUGUGCUUGGAGCCCAGUGUGACUCUCGCUCGGCGGCGGGGACUCGGACGCGGUCCAGAUGGAGCAUUUACCAACUUGGCGAUAGACAAGCUACACCAGCAACGUCUCUGAAGUCUUCCAGCAUCCUGCUCUUGGCUACCACGUGGUCACAUUUAAUGUCCACAAGGAGACGGGUGUGGAGGAGCUGCCGGAGGCCACUCUCCAGACCCGGUCAGGAUGCCGGUGUGGACAAAUGCUGAUGUGCCGGUGUCCUCGUUCCAGAGCGUGUUCCAUUCUUUGGCCAUCUCAGAGGAAAUGGUGUUAACAGAAAUUAGUUUGUGAAACAAGAAGGUCCCUGUCCGUUUUUAAUGACCAGCGUAUAUUAAGAUGGACAUCUGUUCUGUCAGAUACCACGUUCUUUGGUCUCAAAGAAGCAGGUGCCUGUUUCAAACCAGUCCUAACUAACAACAGACCUGGGUGGACAUGAGAAUGUUUGUUAGUGGCAGAAGAGUCAAAAAAUGGCAGUUUGUUCAGUUAUUCGCCACUUGUUUUAUACUAAGCCUCAUGUUUUUUUGGGAACCGUUCGAUAACCACAUUGUGAGCCACAUGAAGUCCUACUCUUACAGAUACCUCAUCAACAGCUACGACUUUGUGAAUGAUACCCUAUCUCUCAAGCGCAGCUCAGAUGGGGCCCGUUUCCGAUACUUGAUUAACCACAAAGAGAAGUGCCAAGCACAAGACGUCCUCCUCCUCCUGUUUGUAAAGACUGCUCCUGAGAACUAUGAGCGACGAUCUGCAAUUAGAAAAACGUGGGGCAACGAGAAGUAUGUUCGGUCUCAACUUCAUGCCAACAUCAAAACUCUGUUUGCCUUAGGAACUCCUAAUCCCCUGAAGGGAGAAGAGCUGCAGAGAAAACUGAUUUGGGAAGAUCAGAUGUACAGUGAUAUAAUUCAGCAAGACUUUGUUGAUUCUUUCUACAAUCUUACUCUUAAACUACUCCUGCAAUUCAGCUGGGCAAAUACUUUUUGUCCCCAUGCCAAAUUCCUUAUGACUGCUGACGAUGACAUAUUUAUUCACAUGCCAAAUCUUAUUGAAUACCUUCAGAGUUUAGAACAAAUGGGUGUACAAGACUUCUGGGUCGGCCGUGUUCACCGGGGAGCCCCUCCCGUCAGAGACAAGAGCAGCAAGUACUAUGUAUCCUACGAAAUGUACCAGUGGCCGGCUUACCCUGACUAUACUGCUGGGGCCGCCUACAUAAUCUCCGGUGAUGUGGCCGCCAAAGUCUAUGAGGCGUCCCAGACACUCAAUUCCAGUCUUUACAUAGACGACGUGUUCAUGGGCCUCUGUGCCAAUAAAAUGGGGAUAGCACCACAGUACCAUGUGUUUUUCUCUGGGGAAGGCAAAGCUCCCUAUCACCCCUGCAUCUAUGACAAAAUGAUGACAUCUCAUGGACAUGUUCAAGAUCUGCAGGACCUUUGGAAGGAUGCCACAGAUCCUAAAGUAAAAAACAUCUCAAAGGGGUUUUUCAGUCAGUUAUACUGCAGGUUAAUUAAAAUAGUUCUCCUCUGCAGACUGACCUAUAUGGACACCUAUCCUUGCAGGGCUGCAUUUGUCUAAUGUACUUGAAUGUUGUAUGUUUUCACUGUCACUGAGCCAAACCUGGAUGGAAACCUUUCAAUGUUGUCUAUACAAAAGAAGAUGAAAGAAAUAUUUUGAUAGCCUGGUCUAUCAGAAUACUUCUUUGAUUCUAGAACUAUUUGGUAUAACUUACCUACUUCAUCACCUAAAUGCAUUUCAAGGGAUUCAUAUGCAGAAAAGGUUUAUACUAAUGGAAACAGAACUAAAGGGAAAUUCAAGUCAUGCCAUAUAUAUCUGGGGAGUAGAGAAGUUCUGAAGAAGCCUUGGUUCUGUUAGAAUAACUCUUUUUGGAAAAUACCAAGCGAAUGUAUAGCACAGCAUUUCAAAGAAAUGAAUGUCUUGUUUGACCAGGGAGACAAGUGUAUUUCUGUUAAAGAGCAAUGGGCAGAGGUGGUGGUGGCAGAGAAAGACUGGCAUAGGAAAAUGUACAUGAAUCUGCUUUUAAAAAAGUCUCUUGUUCUUAAAAGGUGUAGGGAAAAAAAAUGUGCAUGCUUUGAUUAUAAACAGCCAACUCAGUGUCUCGUCCAUGUAGCUGUUUUACCUACAUAGUGUUGGGAGUCAUUUAAAAUACAUUGACAUCCCCUUUUCAAAGUUUGAUGUGAAUUUUAGAAAAGGCAUUAGCUCAGCCCCAACUAGUUUUUUGUUGCUGUUUCAAAUAUUGGAAAAUGACAUGAAACAUAGUCAGUUUAUUGCCCAGAGGGCCUUCCUCUAGACAGAAAUCGUUGCUAAUUUGAAUAUGAUGAUUUAACUUAAUUAAUUUUUCAACUUUUUAAAAUACUCAAUAUUGGUCCAUAUUUUUAAGGUAGUUAUUUGAGUGUGAUUUGCUAGAUGGAGGAGACUUCAAAAGGACCGAUAGAAUAUAAAAGUUUUCUUCACAACUGAUAGAAUGAAACCUUAGUGUCUAAAUCAUUGCACUGAUGUAGCCUGUUCUUCCGUAACAGAGUGUCAUGAACCACAGAACUUUGUUCCAAGUUCAUCAUUUUAAAUUGACAGCAUUAAAUGCCAAAUCAAAGCUGUAGUGCCUAAAACAGCCAUUCUCAAAUAACUAUCAGGAUGCUCUUUAACUUUUAAAUGUUUCAAACUUCAAAGCGGAAUAAGAUAAAAAUAAAAGUGAUAGAAAAGUUGUCAGAAUGAGGGUUAAAGUACGUGUAAAGUGCCUGUUUCUUGUCAUCAGAGAUGUAGCUGAAAUCUAAGAGUCAUUUACGCUUAUUUUACGAAGCGGGAUAAAAAUGUGGCCACGAUGCACACAACCUUUGCUCACCACAGAAAGAAUCAGGUGAUGUUGAUUGUUAGGGACAUUCUAUGAAGGCCAAGAUCAUGGCGUCAGCAAAAGGACUUGAAGUGAUUGUAAAACCUUUGACUGCACAAGCACUGGUUAGGAAAAACUAACGAGGUCUUAUUUCUUAAGAUUAUGUAAAAACCAUGCGAAACAGAGCCCCAAAGGGUUUCUCAGUGCAUACAACUGGAUGAUGUUCGUCAUUCUUAGCAGGUAGCUACUUAAUGUUUACAGAUAUGUUUUGUUCAUUUUUUUUUUUCUAUUUUGAAGUUUGAGGCUUGUUUACAUUGCUUAGGUAACUUAGUGUUUUUAACCAAUGCCAAAACUCUCGCAUCAGACCUUCUAGGUUGUAGUUAGCUUUCAGAGUAGAUUCAGGGUUAUAGAUCAUUACAGUUUAAGUUUUCUGACCAAUUAAAAAAAAAAAAACUGCAGAGAACAAAAGCACAUUUUGACAAAGCAGCUUUAUAAUGAAUUUUUCUUAGUUGAAUAACCAUUUGCUUUGGGCCACAUAUACCCCACCUGUCUGUACUAAGAACUAUUUAAGCUUGCCACUGGGUAAAAACAGCAGUGUCUCCGGCCAACGAAAUGAUCUUGUUUACAACAAUAUUUUUGUGGAAUAGUUAUUUAUUUGCUGAAAGAGCUCUCCUAAACUGUGUUCAUCUUUUUAUUUGUGCUUAGGACUCAGUGGAACAGAUUUAAAUUCAAAGGAAAUAUGAAGGCACUUCCUUUUUUUUUUUUUUUUUAAGAAGGAAGUUGCUAGAUGAUUCCUUCAUCAGACUAAUGGUACUGAGAAGAGUAUUUGUAAAUAAAAGGUCUCCAACCUUUUAAAAAGGAAGGAAAAAACUUUUUGGUGCUCCAAUGCAGGGCUAUCUUUUUUAAAAAAUGUCAAUAAAGGGAAAAAUGAACUAUGCGCCUGGAUGGUCACUUGAGUAGAAGAUGGUUAUUAUACACAGUGUUAUUGUUAUAAACUUUUUACCUCUUGGUUGGUUUGCCUCUAUUUUCCAUAUUAUUAAUUUUGUACCAAAAUGUUAAAUAUUUAUAUUAUUUGAAUUUUGCUCUUGUAUGGCAAAAUAAUUAGUGGAUUUUAAAUAUAUAUAUAUAAUUUCCAAUAAACAAUUUAAAAACUGUCAC